AUGUGGUCAGGAAUUUUAAUAUUUGGAUUACAACUUGAAUCUGUAAUAAGAGCACGUAAUGCAAAAAAUAGAGAGUUAAAAUCUAUUGAAAACUGUGGCAAUUCUACGAUUCUUAAGCGAGCAAAAAAUUUUGGAAAUCAAGCUCUCGAAUUAUUAAAAUCUGCAUCACAAAAUUAUUAUUCAAAAGAGGAUUGUAUUAAAGGUUAUCGGCAAAUAGCUGCAGUUAAUUCUACAAUUCCAUAUAAAGGUGCAAUAUCUAAUGAACGUAUAUUACUAAAUAAACAAAUGGAAGCUAAUAUAAAAAUUACACAAGUAAAACUUAAUUACUUAGAAGUUGAAAAAGUUUCUAUGGAUACAGGUUUUGAAUUUGGACAGGAAAUGAUUGACAUAGCUAGAAUUGGUGCACAACGUAGUAUUAAAGAUCUUCUUAAUUAUAUUAUUUCAUAUUUAGAACAAAAUAAUAUUUUAAAGUGUACUGAUCCGGUUGUUCAUUUGCGGAUUUUGGGUAAUGGUCGAAAUGUUGACCAUAAGAUUAAGCAUACAAUGUUAAUAAUUGCAGAACUUAAGGCUCGUGGAUUAUAUAAUGAUAAAUCUCGAAAAAUUAUCGUUGAUAAGAUAAAAAGAAUUAAUGUAACUUUUCAGUUUUGGGAAAAUCAUGAAUCUUAUAAUUGGAACUAUACUUUGCUCAUGGGCAAAAACAAAUUAAAAGUUUUACAAUCAUUUAAUUUUGGAGUUUUAUUUCGUCCUA